AUGACUAUAGAAAGCGAUCCGGCCGAUGUGCCGUUGAGGAAUGCACAGGGCCGAAUGACGGGUUCUUUGGCGUUUGCCAUCUUUGCGGUGACACUUGGUUCAUUCCAAUUCGGGUACCACAUUGGGUGCGUCAAUGCUCCUGGCGAGUUGGUCACUGCAUGGAUCCAAGAAUCACAUCGGAGCUUGUUCAAUCAAACACUCGAGAAAACCGGUGCCGAUUUGACCUGGAGUGUAGCUGUGUCGAUGUUCGCUGUCGGUGGUAUGUUUGGCGGUCUGAUUUCCGGAUGGCUGGCUGAUAAAGUUGGUCGGCGAGGUGGACUACUGUACAAUAACCUCCUCGCUUUCAUUGCUGCAGCUCUGAUGGGCUUGGCGAAACCGAUGGGUGUCUAUCCUAUGAUCGUACUCGGCCGUUUGUUCAUCGGAUUCUACUGUGGACUGACCUGCAUUGUCCCGAUGUAUUUGGCUGAAACCUCCCCAACAAAUCUUCGUGGAAUGCUCGGUUCCCUUCAUCAGCUGCUUGUCACCAUUGCGAUUUUGGUUUCUCAGGUUUGUCGAUAG